AGGACUCCACCUCCGCUUGCAUACAAUGUCAUGCAAUGUGCACACAGAUUUACUGGGCUGUCUUACUUGUUUACUAAAUUGAACCACGAACAAAUUCUUAUGAUUUUAUUAUGAAUCAAGUUAAAAAAAAUAAGAGUUACCCACAAGACAGGGUAAUUUAGGAAGGUGAGCGAGCAAUUUUUAUUUCGAUCGGGAAAUGUCAAAUUUCAAGUUGUAACAGCAAGUCAGGCUGUUCCAGUGUAGAAGUUGACAACAGUGUAAAAUAUGGCAGAGCGUCUGACCUGCAAGCGAGACCAUUCAGAAGAAUUCAAGGUGCCAGAAGCAGACGAGACCGAGCCUGACCACUGUGGCACAUCCCAAGCUAGCAAGCGAAUCAGAGUAGUGGAGGAAUGCGAGGGGCUGCCUUUAGCUGAUUCGACCGGCAUCCUUGAUAAAGAUGUCAUCUGCACCAGGUGGUCAGUCGGUGAAGACAACCAGGACUCUCUAUUGCCCUCAACAUCUCAACCUGACCUUCAAGUAGAGGAAAAAAAUCUGUGUACAUGUAGCACCAGUGGGAAUCAAGAAUUAUCUGGAGCUAGGACUUUGAGCCUUGAAAGUAAUGCUACUUGUUCACCUACUCUCACCAGUGACUGUCAGACCGUGAAUCAAGGAGACAGCAACCAUGGUCCUUCCGAAGCAGUCACUAGUACAUCAGCUCUUGGGGACAAGAGUGUUAGCCCUUGGUCAGGAUUUGACGAGGGAGGAACUGAAAUGGUUAAAAAUAGAACUACGGAAAGUGAUGGAGGGAAGCCUUCUUUCACAGAUUACCUUAACAAGGACUGUGCGGCUACUCAGCAGAGUCCAGGAUCAGAUGGAUACAGCCAGUAUCUCCGUGAGACGUCUUGUUUGAGGGACAUUGCAGGAGACACUGAUGGGCAAGGACGUGCAGAUGGCUCAGCAAGUGAGGUCCAGACAGAUGCUGCAACCCCAAGGGAACCCCUGCAGGGCUUGCGGGAGGUUGACGUAGGCAUUGUGGAAUACAUCAGCAAGCACAAAGGCUUCCACGGCGUUAUCAAGCAGAGGUAUCAGGACUUCCUUGUGAAUGAAGUAGACCUGGAGGGGAAAAUAGUUCGUCUGACUGACGUAUCUUCCCCAGAUCCCAAGCCCAAAGUAACCAUCAAUGCAGAUGAAGUGCUGUCAGCCCAUGAUCAGCAGAGAUUACGGGAGUUAGUGGAAACAACAGACAAGAAAGCUUUCCACUGUAUCGAGGUUUACGACUAUGACAAGGCAAAGCGAAAGACGGUUCAUGAGCUUAUCCGGCAGGACUAUGGAACACUAGAAAGUGCCACUCUGGACGGUGAUGGCAAAAAGGUCAUCAAAGUCACCAAGGUCACUCGAGGAGGAAGAAAACAGCGAAGUAGCUGGGACAAAAAUCGUGCAGAUUUCUGUCGUUUUGUCAUGCACAAGGAGAAUAUGGAAGUGAACGAUGCACUGACCAUUAUUGGCAAAUACUUACAUGUCAAGCAUCAGUCCUUUGGCUUUUCCGGAACAAAGGACAAGCGAGCUAUUACAGUGCAGGAGGUCACUGCGUACAGGGUUGAGGCUGAGAGACUGAGCCGGCUCAAUGGCAUUUUACGGGGCAUCCAACUGGGCAAUUUCAGAUAUGUAAAGGAUGCGUUGACCCUUGGCGAUCACUCUGGCAAUCAUUUUGUCAUUGUUUUACGAGAUAUUAAUGGGUCUCAGGAGGAGAUCGGUGAAGCCCUCACAUCCAUGCGGGACGUGGGUUUCAUUAAUUACUUUGGUAUGCAACGAUUUGGCAACUCCCAAGUGGCAACCCAUUUGGUUGGAAGGGCUGUUCUCCAUAGCAACUGGCAAGAAGCGGUGGAUCUGAUAUUGAAACCAAGAGAAGGAAAUUCCCAGGACAACAGAUGGAGGGAGUUGUGGAUGGCUACCAGAGAUGCCCAGGCAGUGAUGGACAUAUUACCCAGGCACAAGACCAUCUCGGUGGAGAUGCAGCUGUUGAAGGCACUGAAGGAGUCCCAGAACAGCUACUGCCUGAGCUUGCAAUGUAUUCCCCGCAAUAUCAGACUGCUAUACGUCCACAGCUACCAGAGCUAUGUGUGGAAUCUGAUGACAACACGCCGCAUCCAAAAGUAUGGGUUGAAGGUCAUACCAGGGGACUUGGUGCUGAAUGAGAACAAGCCAGAUUCUGAUAGUGAGCAUUUGCAGCCAUUGGUAGUGGACACCAGCCAACUGGACGCUUACUCCAUCCAGGAUGUUGUGCUACCACUGCCUGGCUAUGCCAUCCAGUAUCCUCAGAAUGAAGUGGGUGACUGGUACCGGGAGCUCCUGCACAGCGAUGGCCUUGACAUUAAAAGCAUGAGACACCAAGUCAAGGACUUUUCAUUAUCUGGAGCAUACAGGAAGAUGGUGGUUAAGCCAGACAAUGUUUCCUGGUCAGUCGUCCCAUACAGCGAUGUGACUAUCCCCUUAGUUCAGUCAGACCUAGACAGGCUGGAAGGAAAGGAGCUGCCAGCAAUGAAAUCAGAUGGCCACCUCCGUGCCUUGAGGUUAGAGUUCACCUUGAGCAGCAGUUGCUAUGCAACCAUGGCCAUCAGGGAGGUGUUGAAGAUCGACACAUCGGCUGCUUACCAGGCUGGCCUGAAUCCAGCCCCACUGAUUGAAUCAAGCCCACCAUUAGUUUCUUUAGCAAAUCAUCUUGCCAUCGAUAUGAUGAUGGGACUUUUGGCUCACAAGCUUCCAUCCCAAGCCUCUGAAUGGUCACAAGCCACUUCAUUGGCAGUGGACUCCACAGGCAGGAGCCUUCCCCAUAAGGACAUACAGAAGGCACAACGUUCUGCUCAAGCUACUGCCCAGUCAUUUCUGGUCAACCUCAUUGCAAGCAUGCAUUGGUAAAAUUCUAGCCAGUCAUGGAGAUGAAAGCAGUGCCUCUGUCUACUUGUUUUGCCAGAUGUAUAUGUAUUUAGUGAUUCCUCAUGUUGUUUUUUUCCCCCGGCAUCAAACAAUCACUAUUUGGGGAACCCCAAGAGUGAUAAUUACUUAAGUACAGAGUUUGUUAAGUCUGUAGUUAAAACGUGUCAUCAACUUCCAAUGAAGGUCUCUGUUGCCUUAAUUCAUAUCACGCUCUUGGAACCCCUUAGCCCUCCUUGAAGCCAGAAUAAGCCCCAGUGCACUACCUCAAUGAUGGCAAAUAUUUGUACUUGGGAAAUUGUCCCAAGGCUGUCCAAUUUGUAGCCUGUGGGAACUAUUUUGAGCACAUGUAUGCUGCCCAUUGUCCUUGGUUAAGCCCACCUGUACUAUAUGUCGUGGUGCAAGGCAUUCUUAAGUAGAGGGAAAAGUAAAGUCUCGUAUCCUAUGUGCACCAAAACAUUUGACCACCGUAAGGAUGUCUUGGAGCCAAGACUAUUGCAUGGCUUUCAAAUUAGCAGUCUCUUCAACCAGUUGCAUAACCAGAGGGAAAUUUCUGAUAGGGCACACAUUUUUCAAGGGGGCACUUGUAAGAAAAUGACCUCAGGUUGCACAUAGAUUGUGUACAUUUUGAAAUUUUAAGGGGGGGAUAUUUAUGCCACCAGUGUACUGUCUCCAACUAAAUUCUAGCUUUGCCCCCUCCUUCCCUGGCAUGCCCCAGUUCCUUCCCCUAGCCGUCUUCAAAAUAGUUUCAUGAUGAUUUCUCUUCGCAUGCCCUGGAAGAAUGCCACUAUGCCAUUGUUUUACUUCUGUGAUAGACUUUUUUUUCAUUGUUUGAUUUUUUCAUUCCUUUUUCAUUCUUUGUAGUUGUAUGUUUUUUAUAGUUCAUGUGCCAGUCCACUGAGCUUAAAUCACGUUAUAUUUUGAAACUUAUAUUCCCAGCAUCAUCAACUUCCUUGGAAGUCAUUAGAUUUAUGAAUAUCAAGGAAUUUUCUUGGAAUAAACAUUAACGUGGAUACAUGCCUAA